UCAGCAGUCAAAUCUGUCAAUACAAAAUUGUAUGAUUGUACGAAUUUUUCGUAAUUUUGUAAAUUUUUGGAAUGUUAUUGUGCCUAGAAAAGUAGAAAUUCACAAUUUGUUUAUUCAUUAUUCAUGCUGUUGUGUUACAUAAUUUUAUAACUGCAUAGAAAGGCAUCACCAAUCACUAUGUCUAACUCGAAUACCGAAAAGCCUGGAGAAGGAAUUCGAUCCCUAAAAUCUAGCACUGCUUUCAGAGUUAUAAACUUUGAAUUAUAUGCCAAACCUAAUAUAGUAAUCAUGAGCAUAGGACUUACAUGUUUUGGACUUACUUUGGGAUAUAUUGCAUACAUGAGGAGCAAAUAUGAGUCCAUGGGAUAUUAUACAGCUGUAGACAAAGAUGGAAAGGAGAUAUUUGAAAAAAAGAAAUCAAAAUGGGAUUAAAGCCUAUAAUGUAUAAUAGUUAACUUAUAGCACUUAUAGUUAAU